AUGUUUUUGGUCGAAAAGACCAAGCGCGAGCGACAGGAAAAGGCGGAACAACAAAAGUUAGACGCGCAAUUAGAGCAUGAACGGCAACAACAAGAAGUAGAGGACCGGCAGCGGCGAGCGGAAGAAAAGGUGACGCGCGAACAACAAAGAAACACAUACGGAAAGCGCGACAGAGUCUGCGAAAAAAUGGCGUCGGCCUCUUUUGAAUCUCUCGAAUCGGAACAGAAAUCGUCCAUUGUAUGGGCGGAUACCUUCGACGUGAAUCUGGAUGUCGAAGUGCUGUGUACAAAUUUGGAUUUGACGGGGUUGCAAUCGUUGGCUCAAGAAUUGGAAAAUAUCACUUGUCCGAAAGAGUCGUUGACGAUGAUUCACCAAGAAGUACUGGUGGCUAAGCAGCGGGAAGCAGACGGGGACUUUAUCAAUGGCGAACAAUCAAACGACAAAUCGCCUGUUGUAACACCGGCGUUGAAGCCGAACCUCUGGACCAAGGAGGAAUUGUCAGCCCUGGCUAAGGCAGUCAAGAAGUAUCCACCCGGCGGUUCCUCACGAUGGGAACAGAUUGCGUUGUUUGUGAAUAAUUUGUGUAAACAGGACGAACCCCGAUCCACGGAGGAAUGUAUCGAGAAAUACAACAACGUGGCGAAGACGCACAGCAUACCAACCGAUAGCACGAACGGCGUCGCGGCAGCAUCAGAACCCGAAGACUCUUCGCAAUCCAACGAAGACGUGUGGACGGCCGAACAGGAUCAGAAGCUACAAGAUGGACAAGCUGCGAAUCCAGCGAGCAUGGGCAAAAAGAGCGGUGGACCGCAAUUACAGAGUGUGUCCGGGAAAUCCAAGAAGCAGUGCGCACAACGGUUUAAAGUGAUUCGGGAUUCAUUCACAACAGUCAAUGGCUAAUUGGCCUCCAUCGUUCACUGGUUGACAUUUGCGAUCGGCCCAACACUACAGAGUUGACCCUUUUUGAUGGAUUCCAUGUAAAGAGGACAUUCGAGUCUCUCGCCGUCACUUUCGCGCCCACCAUCCAUUGUGGUCGCGGUCUUUGUCAUUUCUAAAUUCAAGUUACGUUUUUGGUGCGACGCAAAGAUGAGUCUGGCUCCCUUUACGCCCUGCGAUUGUGCGGCACUUAAAGAAUAUUGGUUUGGCAAAAAAAACUGCCGCAUAUGUGACAGGAUGCGUAAAGGUGAGCAAUCUUUUCCUUUGACGUG